UGAAGCAGAGAGGGGUAACAUCAAUAGAGGCGUUCGGCCGUGCGUCGUGACGACAGUACGAGGGCCUGGCGUCGUGCGUAGCGUAACAUUCCAUUGAGAAGAAGAGGGAAAGAUGGCGUCCUCUAACAAUCCGCGCAAAUUUAGCGAAAAAAUCGCUUUGCAUAAUCAAAAGCAGGCGGAGGAGACUGCCGCUUUUGAAGAAGUGAUGAAGGACUUGAACAUCACCAGAGCCGCUCGGUUGCAGUUACAGAAGACCCAGUAUUUGCAACUAGGGCAGAAUCGUGGACAGUACUAUGGAGGCUCACUGCCCAAUGUCAAUCAGAUUGGGAAUGGCAACAUUGACCUGCCUUUUCAGAACUCUGUGCUGGACACCAGUCGGACAAGCAGGCACCAUGGACUCGUGGACCGUGUUUACCGCGAUCGUAACCGCAUCACGUCUCCUCACCGUCGCCCACUUUCAGUGGACAAACACGGUCGCCAAAUUGACAGCUGUCCCUACAGUUCAGUUUACCUCUCCCCACCGCCAGACACAAGCUGGAGAAGGACGAAUUCGGAUUCGGCCUUACACCAGAGCGCCAUGAACCCGAAGCCCCAGGAGGUGUUUUCAGGAGGAUCGCAGGAGCUGCAGCCUAAACGAGUGCUGCUGCUUACGGUGCCAGGGACGGAAAAUUCAGAGUCGGAUGCAGACAAGGAUGCACAGAAGCAGCUGUGGGAUGACAAGAAGGAUGAUGCAUCUCAGCCUAAUACAUGUGAUGUCCCAGGAAUCAAUAUAUUCCCAUCACCAGACCAGGAAUUAAGCCCAUCUGUGGUCCCAGGUGCUCACAACACUGGUGGUUCGCUGCCGGAUCUGACUAACAUCCAGUUCCCUCCUCCGCUGUCCACACCACUUGACCCCGAGGACACCGUGUCCUUCCCUUCACUUAGCUCAGCCAACAGCACGGGCAGCCUGACCACCAACCUCACCCACCUGGGCAUCAGUGCUGCAAGUCAUGGGAUCACCACGCCCUCUCAGCCUUCCAUGACUGUAACGGGCCAGCGCAGGCAGCCACCCGUGGUGCCACUUACUCUCACCUCUGACCUCCACCUCCAGCAGUCCCCACAGCAGCUCUCACCCACGCUCUCCUCACCGGUUAAUAUUACACAGGCUUUGCAAACAGAAACAUUAACUUUGGAGCAGCAGCUUUCCCAGUACCCCCUGUUCAACCAGCUGACGCCUCAAGCCCAGGCUCAGCUACUUAGUGACCUCCAGAAACAGCCGGCGCUGCCACAGGGCAUCCAGCUCAUCGCUCUGCCCACUCUGGCCUCGUCUGGGACAGCCACCGCAAGCAGCCCCUCCCCGGACAGCCAAACCACCGCCAGCAUGAGCAUCAGCUCGUAUCGCAAUCAGACUGGCUCACCAGCCACUCAGUCUCCAACCUCCCCAGUCUCCAAUCAAGGCUUCUCCCCUGGAGGCUCGCCUCAACACAUUCCUGUGGUGGGCAGUAUAUUUGGCGACUCCUUCUAUGAUCAGCAGCUGGCAUCGAGGCAGACCAAUGCGCUCUCUCACCAGCUCGAGCAGUUCAACAUGAUUGAAAGUCCCAUCAGCUCGUCCAGCCUUUUCAGCCAGUGCUCCACCCUCAACUACACGCAGGCGGCCAUGAUGGGCCUCACCGGCAGCAGCUUACAGGACUCGCAGCAACUCAACUACAGUAACCAUGGCAACAUCCCCAACAUCAUUCUAACAGUCACAGGUGAGUCUCCGCCCAGCCUCUCUAAAGAGCUGACCAACUCUCUGGCGGGUGUUGGUGAUGUCAGCUUCGAUGCCGACUCCCAGUUCCCCCUGGAUGAGCUGAAGAUAGAUCCACUCACACUGGACGGACUGCACAUGCUCAAUGACCCCGACAUGGUGCUCGCUGACCCCGCCACGGAGGACACAUUCAGGAUGGACAGGCUGUAGCGAGGCUGUGCUGGAGCAAAGAGGGAAAAACAAAAACACUAACGUGAGUGAAGAGAAACAAAGGGCAGGAUGAACCCUCUCCCUCGUUGCAUGGCCGUCCAGCUGUAUGACUCUUUGAAAGAUGCGCCACCAAAAAACACAACGGGGAAAAAGUCGUCCAUUGGCUUGCAACGGGAAUGGCCUCGCUGUUGUUUUGAUAAAGAUUGGUCGCUCGGCGCUUUCGCUAGCCUACUCUUGUUUACAGUGCUCCAUUACAUGCCACAUAUAUUUAAAAAAAAAUGCACAUUAUAGCCAUUUUCUUUUCAUAUCCACAUUCAUUUUAAUCUUUUUUGCUUGUAGCAGGAAGCUGCUAAUUUAUUGGGUAAAAUAAUUGUUUUGGCUAUGUAUAAAAGAGGAGGAAAAUAAACAGCAUAGCUGGUUUACUCACCACCCUUCAAUGAAACAAGUUCUCCUACCAUAGCAUGAUGACUUUCUUUUUGACACUCAAAGCUUUAUUUUUGACAACCAAAUGUUAUUUUCAUCUUGUAUAUGUUUUUAUGCUUUGUGUAUUUAUGUUUUAUUUAUUUAUUUAUUUGGUCAAAGGGUUGAUAUUUUAUAACUUAAAUUUGAUGCCAAAAUGUCUGUAGGUGGAGUGUAAAAUUUCACUGAUGUAAUUAAUUACAAACACAUAAAUGUUUUUUUUUUUUUUUUUAAUUAUUAUUUUAAGCUUUUACUUGGGAAACGAAGGAGUGCAAAACCUCCCCAUAGUUGCUCUUUUGGUGUUAGUUGUGCCAUUAUUUAAUAUUGUGCUGAAGUCCAACAAGCAAAUCUAGAAAUCAGUUCUAAGCACCACUUCAGGUGGACUUUACUGGGAUUACCACUCAUCAGGAAAUUCAAUUUAACCAAAACUAAAGAAAAGUGCAUCAGAAUUCAUUCUCAGCAAGAAAAAAACCAUUAUAUACACUAUAUUGCCAAAAGUAUUCACUUAGCAUCCAAGCAAUUUAUUUCAGCUGUUCUAAUCACUUCUGGGGCCAGAAGUGCAUACAAUCCCGGAUUUAGGCAUACAGAACACUUCUAGAGACGUUGGGGGAAUAUCCAAUGUGUUAUUCUCAGGAGCUAGGUGAGAGUUGUGGUGUUAUAGAAAAUCACCUGAACAGUAUGUCCAGUUGUGACAUUUGCUGACCACUAAAUAUUCCUCUCAACUUGUGGCAGUGUUACAAAAGUUGAAGUAACUCAGCCAGAAGUGGUAGGUCAAAUAAAAGGUGCACUGCAUUCAGAAAUCACCAACUUGAAAUCCUUAAGAUUAGCUCAGUGCAUAGCGCACUUCAUGAAAAAGGUUUUGAUGGCUGAGCAGCUACAUCCUUCCCAUAAGUCAUCAAGUGUAACAUACAGAAUCAGAAGUGUAGCUGUCUGAGUCUGGUAGUUUGUGUCAGAUGUAAAGUUUGGUGAAGAGUUCACAUUCUUAGUUCCAGUGAAAGAGCUUGAAACGCUUCAGGAUACCUAGCAAGACUGUAAAAAUGUAGAUUAGAGAGUUUGGAUGAAGUAGAGUGGCGAUCAUGUGCCGAGCCUUAUGUCACGUUCCUUUUACCUUGAAAGUCUGAACUUGAAGCUGUGUUUUACCUCACACCCAAAGUGGGAGUGUUCCAGUUAACAUAGUGUGAGAAGUCUUGUGAUUGCCCAAGUAGAUCUUGCUUGCAGUACCUCUUGCGAUCUUUAUUUUAAGAAUUACAUUCCAUAAGCAAACACCACUCUUAAUUUUAGUUUAUAGUUGCGGGCACUACAUGCAACAUUGAUUUUAGACACACUCUUUCAAGUUUGUCUUGUAAAAUAAAAUGUCUCCACCACAGCUUACUACUGUUGAUAGCAGCCAUAUUGAAACUGGAAGUCAACUUUACAAAUCGCAUUGAGUGGGAAUGUGUCUUCAGGGGGCACUGACGUUGAUUUUUCAGACUGGGAAGUCAGAAUUUCCGAGUUCUGACUGCAAAUGGAACACUCCAUUAUCGUCCAGCAACAGUGUCUGGUCUCACAAAUAGACUUUUGAAAGAUUCACACGAAGAUACUCCUAAACCUUGUGGAAAUCCUUCCCCUAAGAAACGCAGCCGGUAGAGCUGCAAAAGGCAGGCUGACAAAAUAAACCCGGUGAAUUAACUAUGGGAUGUCACGCAAGGUCAUAUAUGUAUUGAGAGCCAAACAAGGAAAUACUGAUGGCAAUGUAGUUUAUAAUUAAGCUGAGAAGUUCACUUGAAAAGUAACACAUUUGUUUUUAAACCAGAGAACAUUCAAAUCUGAAUAUUUUUCAGUCACUGUGAAAUCACCUGAUUUUGCCUUACACAGUGUUUUAUGUGACGACGUAUUUUCCUAACUGAAUAUUUGACCUUUUCUUGUAUUUGAGACAAACUUUGGUCAGUCAGUAAUCUCUGUGGUUAUGUAAAGUGUAAACAAAUCGAUGUACUGUAUUUUGUAGCUGUACACUUGAUGACCAAAUUGUCUUUUUGUUUUUUUACGUGGGACAAAAAGAAAACGGGAAAAACAAAUGUCCAAGAAAUGAUGUAAAGAGUUCAAUUAUGGGGAGGCUUUAUGCUCCUUUACAGGGGGUCUCUAACAAAAACGCAACUGAAGUUAGAUACAGAGAGAGGAAUCCGAAGUCAAGUGAAGUGUUUUAAGAGAUUUCUCUUGAAGAAUGUUUAUAUCCUCUGAUUAGAUGAGGUGCACAAAAGCUAGCUAAAGAUCUCUUUAAGACGAACUCUUAAGUGUAAUUAUGUAAAAUGUGCAAUGUUUCAAAAACUCAAAUCUGCCUUGUUCGUUCAGUCUCGGAAGCAGCAGAAAUGGCUUCAAAAAACAAACACUUCACAAAUCUUUCAAGCCAAACCGUUCACAUUGUCAUCUGCAAUGAGUUCUGAUCUUUGUUGCCAAAAUGUUUCCAGUUGCACGGCUGAUGUUGACAACACUACCUUCGCAUUCAUUGCCAACUGGUCCGCCUCAGCCUUUUUGUCAGAGUUUCCCUGAAAGGCUUCUGUAGAUUUUUGGGAUCAUUUUUGGCGAACUUUAAUGUUCAGGUGUAUAUGUAUUGAAAUUUUUACGGACUGUCUAAACACACCCAGGAUGGGAAUUACACCUGGGUGGGUUUAAAGCGUUCAUUGUGUGCAGUAGACAGCUCCAUCAGCAGCUUUGUUUGCCUUCAACACACCCUGACUCCUAUGCAAAUGAGAUGACAAAAAAAUCUAUGGAACUUAAAGGAAAAAUCCAACUUUUUCCAUAUGCUCAGCUGGAUUUAUUCUUCUGAAGCAGAAUAUUGGAGGUGUUUUUACUUAAACAUGCAUGAAACUCCUCUGAAAGCUUUGACAGACAUGGUCAUUGUGAGCUGCUUUUUGUAAAAAAAAUAAAAAAUAAAAUAAAAAAUUAUAGAGGCUUUCACUGAAAACUUUAUUUGGCCCAAUUUCAGCCAAAAAUCGAUUGGUUGUACUUUGUAAAGUAUGGCAAAAAAGCUAGUUUUGAUGUUUGAGUGCAGAACGGGAAUGUUUUGGUGGCGGUAUGACAAUCAAAGACCAAAAUUGUGUUUUGAAAUGUUGGCAUAAGAAAAAAGUCUCUACGCUGAAGCAUAAAUCCAGCUUUAAAUUAAUGCUUGAUGUUGCCUUCUUCUUUUUCGAAAUGCUUAUAUUUUGUGGACAGUACGGUUGCUCAGUUAUGAAAAAAAUCAUGAUUAUAACAAUUAUUUGAGUUUGAUCACAUUUUUUGUGCAAGCUUUGGCUUAAAGGUUUUAUACAUUUUUCUGAAUUUUGCAUACUAGCUAAUCAUUUUUUCCACCCAAGACAUGUCUAAUCAAAUGAUUGAUAUAUAUCAUUGGGAUAUAUAUAUAUCCAAAUCAGAAAUGUAUUUAAAUUUUAGUGAACAGCAGCUAAACCUGACUAUUCACUAACGGACAGGUGGCUGCAGCGACAAAUACUGUCUAUAUCAUGUUCUUGGAUUGCUAACAUUGUUGCAGAGGUUUAAAAACCUUGUACUUCCAUGAUGUUUCAGUUUUACAAUGGAUUUUUUUUUUUUCAGAAAUCAGGAACAAUAUAUGAAAGUAAAAUAAAAAAUCUUUUGUGUGAUAGUUUGAAGCCAAAAUUGAAUUACUAAUUUGAUUAAUUGUACAUCCUCACUGGGCAGAGCACUUUUCUCUGCUCAGUAAGCUGAUAUCCCAGUUUAGCUGCCAGCUGUUAUUUAAGAUUAAACAUAACCUACAAAAAGACUUGGUUACCUGAAAACGACUCCAUAACCAAUGUUGGAUUUUUUCUUUAAGCCUAGACAUUUUGUGCAGAUGUUCCGUUUCCAAAGGUUUGCGUACAUAAGACUUCGCUGUUGUGAUGCCAGUGAUUGGAGCUUCACCCCAGUCCCUCAUCCUGCCGCAGUCAUUCAAAUGGACUUUGUACAUAAAGCUGCAACAAAAUGCAUGACUAAACGGACAGUCCAGACCUCUAAACGAAGGCCUUCUAUAGCUCUGCAGGUUUGAUUUGUGUAACAUUAUGCUAACACAAACCGUCUAAAGGGAUGCAUGUUAUGAGUUUCUUCCUGUGCAACAGUAAACUCCUGUUAAGUGACUCUGUUACCUCCAUUUCUGUACAAUGCUACUUCACGAAUGAUACAAGAAUGUAACUUCUGUGGCAGUAUUGUGGUUUUAGCCCGAUGAGUUGAUGUUUGGAGUGUUUGGUUCUGUCCCAGCAGGUCAAGGCUCCCCUCCCCCCCAUAAAGAAACUGACUGUUGCUUGUCCCGCUCUCUCUUCACACUGUAGCAUCUCUCUGCAGUCGAUUGUGAAAGACCCUUUUUCAAACAAAUAGGAGAUGCCGCCCUGUAAAUGUUCCAGAUUGGCACGCGCUCUGAUUGUUUGCAUUUGUGGACCUCUGAAGCAUCUACAUUAUGCAGUCAGCUGCAUGACAUGAUUGACACAUUUAGCAGGUUCUUAUCCCAUGCUAUGUACUGGAUCUUAAUCUUGCUAUGCUAAAGUGGAGCGUGUUUUAAGACAUGUUUAUUUGUUUUCUGAUGUUGCCUACCAUGUUUGGUUCUGGGCUGGAUAAAGUGAACUGUUUCUGUUACUGUGCAAUGUUUUAGUCCACUAGUUGCUUCGCACUUUAACUGUGACUCCCUGACGUUUGUGCUGGGACUGUUCGGCCCGAUGUGAAUGCUGACUGUUUCAUAGCAGAGAUAUUUUAAUGUAAAACAAAAAGAUGGACUCUCUAUUUUCUUUUGGGAACUACACUUUGGCUUGUCGUGUUUGUUUGUUUUUCUUGUUUUUUUGUUGUUGUUUUUUUUCUUCUGUUUUUAUUUGAAGCUGUUAAAACUUUUAGAAGAUGCAAAAUCAGAAAGGGCUUAUUCCGGUGCAGCUUACACUCUAAUGUUGGAACUGAACGAAGGAUGUUGCUUUUAUGUUCCCGUGCUUCUAUGUUCCCCAGUUUUAAGAAUUAAAUCUGAUAUGUGCAAAAAUACGUGUUGAGAAACAUGCUUUAAAUUCAAAAUUGUACAGAACUGGAAGGAGACCUGAAAUUGAUCGCCAUCUUUUCAUUCUGAAAAGCCUGAUUUUUAUUAUGUAUACAUGAUUAGGAUUAAACUUCCAGGGAUUGUCUUCCCUUCAAACAUAUGAUGAUGCAAAAGCCAACCAAACCUAAAGCUGCGAAAUGACGAGGGGUGCUAAAAGUUUGACUUUUUUCACCAGGCAUGUUUGGAUUUUGAAUAUUUGUACACUUUUAAGAUAAAAUUCUGCAUUUUAAUUCUCUCAUUGCAUCUGCCUGAGGUCCAUCUAUUUAGCUGGGGAACAUGGAACAAUGGAAGCAUAAAUGUGAUCUAUUGUACCUCAGUUUUUAUGUUUCAAUGCUUCAAAAAAGAAAACAAACAACAACCUUGGAGUAAAUUUGAGCGUUCCAGCUCUUACUUGGACUUUCCCUUGCUUCCUUAUUUACUUGUAAUCUAAAAAUCAUUACACUCAAACAGCUUGUAUUUGCAUCUACGCAAACUGUUACUAAGUGUACUAUAUGCUGUUGCGAUGCUUCACCGAAGUAGCUUGGACUGUAAAGCAAUGGUUCAGUUUGUCUCGCAUCUGGACAUAUGAAACAUUACAGGGCGGGUAGGUUCAUACAGGAGACACUAGUGUGGCAUUAGUUAUCAGCAAAUGCAACACUAGGACUUGAUGUCAGAUUUGGCAGCUUGUUAACUUUAUAUUUAAGAGGUACAAAAAGUCUCUUAGAGUAAAAGCAUGAUUAGAAUUGAAAUGAAAGCUUUUACCUGACUUGCUUUUGUUUUUUUUGUUCUUUUUUUACAUCUACACAUCUUAAAUUUUACUUUAGACUCCUUGUUUUACUCUGAGACAAACUCGCAUUACGCUGCAGCACAACCAUCAGGUUGUGUGUAUAGAGCAUUGGAGAUGGAUUAUGUAUUUUGUCUGUAAAAGAGAAAAUGUGUCCAAGAUUUGCUGCUCAGUCAGAAAAUGAUGUCCCUUUAAUAACCAGGGGUUACUUUUCAUUGAAAUCUAUAUGACAGGCUCUAGAAAUACAGUUUUAUGUUCCACUUUAAGCUUAUCGUGAGAAUAGCAUUAUAUCACUGUUGUCCUGUAAGUUGUAGUGAGACCUGUAGGUAUUUAUUUGUUGCCAUGUGAUUCUCUUUUAUGUGACCAUUUGUUUUUAUAAAGCUGAAAGAAAACCCUUGAUUAAAUUGAAUGUGAAGGACAGAA